AUGAGAGCUGAAGUAAGCGGUAUUUCAGCCUUCAGCGAAUCUGACUCUGAUCUCUUAAACUCCACAGGCUGGGUCAGGCGGCUCCUGCAGAAACCCAAGCGAAGCUCCAGCUCCGCAGGAAGCAGCUUGAACACCAAACAGUCCCCCUCCUCCUCUUCCUCCUCCUUGGUGACAACCGCCAGCUCUUCCACCAGCAGUUCGGUGGCCAGCCUAGGACAACUGUCUCCUGCCUCCCAGGUGAGCAUCAGCAGCGCAGGGAGUGCCCGCUGGGCCAAGAGCUAUGACGUGUGCAUCUGCCACAGCAACGAGGACUUGGAGUUUGUCGAGGAGAUGGUCUCCUAUCUGGAGAGCCAGACUGAGGGCAUCCGCUGCUUCCUGCAGCUGCGGGAUGCCAUGCCGGGGAGUGCUAUCACGACAGAACUGUGCGAUGCUGUCCAGAACAGCCACUGCUGGGUCCUGCUAAUAACCCCUAGCUUCCUCGAGGAUCCCUGGUGCAGGUACCAGAUGCAUCAGGCGUUGGCAGAGGCGCCUAUGGCCAACGGGCGUGCCAUCCCCGUGCUGAAGGGCAUUGACCGGAAAGACUACCCCCGGGAGCUGAGGUGCCUCUAUUAUAUCGAUGUGACGCACAAGGAGAAUGGCUUCAGGCCGAUUAAGGACACGAUCCUGCGCUACCUGCAGGAGCACUGUCGAAGCACCGUGAGCAGAAUAGAGUGACUGGAGUCCUGCAGGGGAAAGAAGCACCUUGAGAAAACAGAUCCCGGCCGAAGGGAAAUAGAAUGAGAAUCCACACUGCUGUUUCCAAAGUCUCUGGAGCUGCCUCAUUUGAUCUCAGUGGAGAGCAGAUUCCAGGUGGUCUACAGCCAAGUUCCCCGAUGCACAAAGCACCUGUAGAAUUGCAAAUGGGAACCGACUCUCACGAGAGCUUCUGGACGGAAGCAUUUCUCUCAUGUUAGGCUGCUCCCCACCAUGAACGCUAAUACCAGGCACUGCUGAGAGGACAAGCAAAAUGUCUAACACCAAUGGAGAGUGAGGCUUACGUGUGGCUUCUGGUGCUAAAGACUUGGAAGAAGCAUGAGGCUUGUUCCAUGUUAUACUGUACAGUGCAGGGGACUUGGCUAGAAUCUGGAGCUUGAGCGUUGGUGACUCCAAGUAAUUGAGGGUAAACACAGGUAAAUGGAGUUUACCCACUUCUCAUUUGGGGAGUAGGGAGUCUAGUUUAGGUUUCUUCCUUUCAGGAAGCUGAUAGGCAGCUAAAUCUCUAAUGACCUUCCAAAAGCCAGUUUGGAGCUGUUACAAUACGCACUCUUGCCUAUGUUAAAUUCCUCCAAGCCCCAAGGAACAUAGGCACAGACUCCAUUAUAUAUACUCCACAGCUGUUUGGGUGGCAGCCACCGAUCAGCUGGGUGAGGCGCUUGGGGAAGGGCGGAGAGCAGCAGGCAGGUGGGGCCUCAGGGAGGGGCAGAGCAGGGCAGGUAGAGGUGGAGCGAGGGCAGGGCCUUGGGGCGGGACAGUGGAGCACCCCCUGGGGGAAAAAGAAAACUCAGAGCCUAUGUCAAGGAGUAUAAACUGACAUGAAGUUUCCCCUUUUGGAGCUGUGACACUCGUAUGAAGAGGAGCUACACAUAGGCUGGUCUUUGGUAUUUUGAGUGUAACGUCAGUUUUAGUUUUGAUUUUUACAAUUGUAAUUUAAAUGUGUGUACAAAUAAAUGCAGAAAAGUGUUAUUUUUA